AUGGAUUCCCCACUCACGUCCAAUUCGCCCAGCAAAAACUUAACCCUUGAUAAGAUCCAAAUUUUGAAUUUGUUUAAGCUGUUUGAUAACCUGCCCUUCGACCCAAAGAGCGAAAAUGAGACAUGGCACAUCGUGAACAAAGAAUUCAUAGACAGCCUGAGGAACUACGAAGAAGGGAAGGCCAGUCGGUACCACACUCUGAUCAACAACAAAAUAUUUGUAGAGGAUCCAAGUAACGUCACCACGAGGACGAGGCUCCUCAAGGAUUACGAAAAUGGAAAUGGAGUCAACUUCCUCCUCUACCCAGAGAAGGCCAUAGAGGUGUUGGAAAAGCAUUUUCAUAUUAACCUAAAAAUUCCCAGGGCAGUUUACCCCUAUAAGAUUCCCAAGAGGGAGAGGAUAAUAUACAAAGUAGACAUCCAGCCUCUCAAAGUUGUGGUGUACUCGAAGAACCCGAACGAGUUUAGCAGCCCCUCCAAGAUGAAGAUCGUCGUCCUGCGCAACGACACGGUGGAGGACGUGCUCAAGGAGAUCGUGACCGACUUCGACCCCGCAAGCUUCAAGAAGAACCUAUUCUACGCAGAAGAGAUGAGCGGCAAAAGGGAAUACAAUUGGGAGCGGCUGUACCUGCACGAUUCGACGGAGUACCCCCUGAAGAAAAAGAUGCACGAAUAUGACAUUGAUGAGAGGACCUGUUUGUUAAUAACAAGUGAGAGAGCGGAUAUAAAGUGCCUGACGAAUGAGAGUGACUAUGGGUAUACGAGGCGGGAAUCGAGUUUUAGGAGGUCCGAGAAGGAGGAGGAUUGUAUGAGGGGGUACUCCAGCGGACGCACAGGAGGGUACGGUAGCAGUAGUAGUACUGCCCACGCACAGGGGUACACACAGGGAUACACACAGGGAUGUACACAGGGAUAUACACAAGGACAAACACAGGGACACUCCCACGAAAGCAUGGUCAAGCAAAUAAGCUACAUAUUCCAGCACGGGGGGGACCGAGGCCUGAUCAACCUGGGGAACACCUGCUUCUUGAACUCCUCCCUGCAGUGUCUAGCCAAGAUAAAAAAAUUUUCCAACUAUUUCUUAAGUGGAACUUUUUGGAAUCACAUAAAUUACUCAAAUCCAGUGGGUCAACAUGGACGGUUAGCCAAAGCCUACUACGAAACCCUGAUUGAGCUUUGGAAAAUAGAUAAGAGAAGUGAACCCUAUGCACCCAAGGCAUUAAAACAAGCUAUAAGUGAAAAAAGAGAUGAAUUCUACGGAUACCAACAACACGAUUCACAAGAAUUGUUAGCCUUCCUUCUAGAUGGGCUACAUGAAGAUCUGAAUUUAAUACAAAAAAAGCCAUACUAUGAAGAGAAACUACAAGGAGGGUUAGACAAACCAGAUAUUGAUGUUGCAGAAGCUUCCUGGAAUAGACACAAAGAAAUAAAUAAUUCUAUUAUUGUGGAUCUAUUUCAGGGACAAUACAGAUCUCGUUUACAAUGUCCUAAGUGUAAAAAAGUUAGCAUAGCAUUUGAUCCUUUUAUGUAUCUAUCGAUCCCAUUGCCACCUAAAAAGAAUCACCGAAUUUGGUUUCAUGUUAUCCUAAAUAGAGAUGCCCCCAUAGGCAUGAGAUUCUCCUGCGCCUUUAAUGGAUCACAAGAGGUCCUAAAAUUGAAAAUCUUCUUUCUCACCAUAAUAAAAAAUUUAAAAGUGAAAAGAAAAAAUAUUCUACUACAUAAUAAAUGUAUAAUUAAAAAUAGCAAAGAGUCCUCUCCUCAUGAAGGAAGAAAUAAUCAUAUCAAUACAACUACAUCCAGUAGUAGUAGUAGCAGUUGUGGUGGUGGAGGAAACAGCAGUAGUAAUAAUGCCUUUAAUUUCCAUUCUAAAUAUAUGGAUGAUAAAAAUGAAUUUUAUGAAGAUAAUGAGGACAACUGCACCAAUGCAGAUAUUGCAAAUUACGUGAGGGCCAUAAAAAAUAAAAGUAAAAUAACCAGCACAUUGAAGGAACAAGAAAUCUGCACCGUCCAUGAGAGCAUCUGUGCCAUGUGUAAUAUACAAUCGAUAGACGAACUAGAGAUUAACAACUUGAGCUUCCUCUAUACCAAGUUUAAAAAUCUUGCUUGUAAUCAAUUUUUUCAAGUUUUAAAUAACUCUGAUUUUGUCACCGAACCGCACACAAGAAAUGGAAAAGGAAUCAGCCACAUUUUUGUUUUCAUCCUCCCCAAGUUAUGUUCCCACCUUAUAGAUAAAAAUUUGGACGUCAAAGUUGGGGAUGAAUGCUUGGAGGUGCUUACCAACUCGACGGUCACCACCAACAACACCAGCCUCAAGGAUGAAGAGGUGCACAACGGCAUUAUCAAUAAUAGCGGCAGCAAUAAUGGCGGUAGUAAUAAUAGCGGUAGCAACAAUAGCGGUAGCAAUAAUAGCGGUAGCAGCAGCAACAACAACAGCAGUAACAACAAUGGCGGUAGCGUGGAGAAGAAAGCGCUCAAGGGGAAGAACAACCACUCCAGCAAAAUCGUUAAGAAGAGGAAGGGUGUGCUGGACUCCUCCAACAGCAACGGUAGCCCUGUUCGCAAGGGAGAAAAAACGCACCCCUCCGGGGCCGAGGAAGAUGAAGACGAUGAGGUCACUCCCGUGACAUCAGCCCCAGCGGGAGCGAAUGGAAACACUCGCGGAAAUGCUAACAGCAACGCAGCAGACCCCCACGACGAAGCUAUGGAAGAGUCAAACGAUAUUAACAUGCAGGAGACCUCCUCAGAAACUCCCCUAAAUGAUUCCAAUGGAAUGAGCAAGAACAGAACCAACUGCGAGCAACACAUUUCUUACAGUGAACUUUUUAGAGAUCGAAUUCUGUUCACACAAGAUACAGAUAAUCUGCAUGACAAGUACUUCUCCCUCCUCAUAGUACCUCUGUGCAAAGAUGAGCAACUUUUCUACAAAAUGAAAAAUAAUGAUUUACCUCUCCUGUUUAAUGUCCCCUUCAAUUUUACUGUCAAUGACCUGUACGGCAAGGUGGAAAAUGCCUACCGGAAGAACACCGGGGGGAGUAGACCACCCAGGGGAACCACCCCUACCUCUACUUCCAAUGUGCAGAGCAACCAAGGUGAUCACACUGAUCGGUAUGAACAACUGUGCAUACAUAACGGGAAUGCAAAAAGUGGUGGAGAUGAUGAAAGUGCGAAGAAGGAUAACAUAUCUAGUAGCGAUGUGACGAAUAGUAAGGUUAUCACAAGUGAGUACGACGGGGGGUUGGAGGAUAAGGGAGGUCUAAACAAGGUUGACGGAGGGGAGGAGUACAACAGCAAGUUCACUCUCUACCUGCCGUGCUAUAACCUGAAGGAGGAGUGGACUCCCAAGGAGAACCUAGGACUCGAACUCAAAAGAGACGAAACCUACCUUGCAGAUUACAUAAAAAAUUCAGAAGAAAAGCGACUCAUAAUUAUACACCUUGACAGCGUUGCCAUAGAUUAUGAGUUGUCCCUUGACAUAAAAACGAUAACAUUUGUGGACUUAGAGGAACGCUAUGGAAUUGACACAUGUUUGAAAUUAUUUUCCGAGGAGGAGCACCUGGACGAGAACAACACGUGGUACUGUGGAAAUUGCAAGCUGCACGUACAAGCUUACAAAAAGUUGGACCUAUUCCGAAUGCCAAUUAUUCUCAUUCUUCACUUAAAAAGAUUCAACAACACGAAUAGGUGGCUAAGGACAAAAAUCGAUUCGUAUGUUUACUACCCCCAUAAAGAAAAUGAGCAUUUGAAUAUGUCACCAUACAUCCUGGAGGAUGGUUUAAAGCACAUGACAAAGAUGGACCCUCAUUACUCUCCUUUGUAUGAGUUAAUUGGAGUGAACUGUCACACGGGUGGCCUCUGUGGGGGGCACUACUUUGCGUAUGUGAAGCUCAACGGUCAGUGGUAUAACUUCAACGAUACCUUUGUGACCACCAUUGACGAGUCGCAGGUCAACACCAAGAAUGCGUACUUGCUGUUUUACCAGCUGCAUACGCACAAGAACGAGACGUUCACGGGCGUGGCGGAGCAGAGGAACUUGGCAGAGGAGGAGGCCAUUCGCAUGGCCAACGCGAGCUACUACAACUAG